GCCAGCGCCUGCGCACUGAGGGCGGCCUGGUCGUCGUCUGCGGCGGCGGCGGCGGCUGAGGAGCCCGGCUGAGGCGCCAGUACUCGGCCCGGUCCGCAUUUCGCCUUCCGGCUUCGGUUUCCCUCGGCCCAGCACGCCCCGGCCCCGCCCCAGCCCUCCUGAUCCCUCGCAGCCCGGCUCCGGCCGCCCGCCUCUGCCGCCGCAAUGAUGAUGAUGGCGCUGAGCAAGACCUUCGGGCAGAAGCCCGUGAAGUUCCAGCUGGAGGACGACGGCGAGUUCUACAUGAUCGGCUCCGAGGUGGGAAACUACCUCCGUAUGUUCCGAGGUUCUCUGUACAAGAGAUACCCCUCACUCUGGAGGCGACUAGCCACUGUGGAAGAGAGGAAGAAAAUAGUUGCAUCGUCACAUGGUAAAAAAACAAAACCUAACACUAAGGAUCAUGGAUACACGACUCUAGCCACCAGUGUGACCCUGUUAAAAGCCUCGGAAGUGGAAGAGAUUCUGGAUGGCAACGAUGAGAAGUACAAGGCUGUGUCCAUCAGCACAGAGCCCCCCACCUACCUCAGGGAACAGAAGGCCAAGAGGAACAGCCAGUGGGUACCCACCCUGCCCAACAGCUCCCACCACUUAGAUGCCGUGCCAUGCUCCACGACCAUCAACAGGAACCGCAUGGGCCGAGACAAGAAGAGAACCUUCCCCCUUUGGUGUGGAUGCAUCGCUGCACUCACCCUCCGUACUGAUUCCGCCUUAGUUCUCCACUUUGAUGACCAUGACCCAGCUGUGAUCCAUGAGAACGCAUCUCAGCCCGAGGUGCUGGUCCCCAUCCGGCUGGACAUGGAGAUCGAUGGGCAGAAGCUGCGAGACGCCUUCACCUGGAACAUGAAUGAGAAGUUGAUGACGCCUGAGAUGUUUUCAGAAAUCCUCUGUGACGAUCUGGAUUUGAACCCGCUGACGUUUGUGCCAGCCAUCGCCUCUGCCAUCAGACAGCAGAUCGAGUCCUACCCCACGGACAGCAUCCUGGAGGACCAGUCAGACCAGCGCGUCAUCAUCAAGCUGAACAUCCAUGUGGGAAACAUUUCCCUGGUGGACCAGUUUGAGUGGGACAUGUCAGAGAAGGAGAACUCACCAGAGAAGUUUGCCCUGAAGCUGUGCUCGGAGCUGGGGUUGGGCGGGGAGUUUGUCACCACCAUCGCAUACAGCAUCCGGGGACAGCUGAGCUGGCAUCAGAAGACCUACGCCUUCAGCGAGAACCCUCUGCCCACAGUGGAGAUUGCCAUCCGGAACACGGGCGAUGCGGACCAGUGGUGCCCACUGCUGGAGACUCUGACAGACGCUGAGAUGGAGAAGAAGAUCCGCGACCAGGACAGGAACACGAGGCGGAUGAGGCGUCUUGCCAACACGGCCCCGGCCUGGUAACCAGCCCAUCAGCACACGGCUCCCACGGAGCAUCUCAGAAGAUUGGGCCGCCUCUCCUCCAUCUUCUGGCAAGGACAGAGGCGAGGGGACAGCCCAGCGCCAUCCUGAGGAUCGGGGUGGGGGUGGAGUGGGGGGUUCCAGGUGGCCCUUCCCGGCACACAUUCCAUUUGUUGAGCCCCAGUCCUGCCCCCCACCCCACCCUCCCUACCCCUCCCCAGUCUCUGGGGUCAGGAAGAAACUUUAUUUUAGGUUGUGUUUUGUUUUUGUAUAGGAGCCCCAGGCAGGGCUAGUAACAGUUUUUAAAUAAAAGGCAACAGGUCAUGUUCAAUUUCUUCAA